AAGGGGGCCUUGGGUGGGAGAGGGGUGAAGGGGAUGGAGGUGUGUACGGGAGGGUGUCUCCCCUCCAGGAUGAGCGUGUGUGUGUCCCUGGCCACAAACCCACUCUGCGUACCCACGGAGCAGAGUUUAGUUCUUCCCUCCUUACCCCGCACCCCUGGAAAUGUCCUGUGCUCAGGGUUGGGUGCAUCUGGGCAGCUCUCCGCAGCCCUUCUCCCCAAAUCCCACACAGGUGCCUGUGACCCCGACUACGAGAACAUCAGCCUGACCUUCAGAGAACGGGCCCAGCCUAAGGGCGGUCACCCAGGACCCCUGACACCAGCUCCCGCCCAGCCCAGGCCACCCUUGUACAGCGCCCAGGUCCCCACCUGGCUGCAGAGGUCCAUCAUGAGCCUGUUUGUGCUCCUCGGGUUGAUGUUCCUGUUCUGCAUCAUCCUCUCCGCCCUGGUCUUGGUGAAGAACUUCGAGAUGUCCAGGGAGAUGCAGGGUUUGAAAAGGGAGCUUUCCAACAUCUCAAGCUCGGUGUUGGAGUGCCAGGAAGAGCAAAGGAAGGGCUGGAGCAAGGUCUGGGAGGACAUCGAGGAGGUCACCAAGCAUAUCGGCAAAGUCAGGAACCAGGUUGAAGCCGGGAACCAGAACCUGAAGACGGUGCCAGCAGAAGUAACACAAAUCAGGACAAACAUACAGAAAAUCCUUGAGGCGCUGGAGAGGAAGACAAAUAUACCGCCACCGUCCAAAUAGGAGCACACUGGAGCCACAGCUUGGAGGAUGGGAUUUGUGGCUGCUACUGAGAUGGAAAAUGGGUUCCCCCCAACUGUGAACCUGCCCCUCAUUCUGUGAAUAGAAAAUAAUGUAUCAGAGUGCAUGAGGGUUGUGGAGCUGCGCGCGCACGCGCGUAUGCGCGUGUGUGUACAUGAAAGAGCAUUUUAUGAAGGGUGAGAAUUUCCCUGUGUCCCAGGGAAGGUGAUAUGGGUGUCAAUGUGUGUUGUGUGCAAGUCGGUGUCACUACAUGCGACACACGUGUGUGGCAUGACGUGAGCACAGGCAUUUCCCAGUGGGAGGCGGUGUCGGUAAGGACCCCACAAGUGUGUCACUGUGUCUGUUGCUGCCACGUGAUACCUGCCUGUCCGCACACAGGCACAAGCACACCGUAGUGUGUCAUGUUGUAUAAACAUGAGCACACUGUGGCACAGUCUCCCUGUACAUGCAGGUGCUGUGUCUGCCUUGUCACCCCCUGUACCAGUGUGAGCGGGUGUGCCCGGCUAUGUCAUCCCGUGUUCAGAUCACACAUUCGCACGUGUCCAUUUAUUCCUGCACUCGUGUUUUGUGAUUCAUAAAGAUAAAAAUCAAGGGGAAACAACGAAGCUCUUAACCCGUUCUCGGAGCAACUGAGGGUACCUGAGGGGGGCAGGUGUGAACGUGGCGCGGGGAGCCCUGGGGCAGAAGGGUGAACAAGAAUAAAUGCCCUG